AUGGAAGACAAGAAGCAGAAAAGCGGACCCUGCAACAACGCGGGACAAACGCUAGGAAGAAGAAGAAGAAGUGUCAGUGCCGCUGAGUGCUUGAUAUGCAAUGCAACUUACGUUGGAGAGACCGGUAGGAAUCUUGGAGUGAGGAUUAAUGAACACAUGGCAGGAAAACGACGAAAAAGUUUGAUAACACCACUAGGAAGGCACAGACAUGAGGCCCACAACGGAAACGAUUACGAUGUGAAAUUCGUUAUACUGGCUCACGAAACAGAAAUAUCGGCAAGGAAGACGUUGGAGGCGUUUUGGAUUCUUAAAAGUAACCCUUCAAUGAAUAAUGGGAAUGAAUGCUUGUCGAUAACGAAUGAGUUCUUGCCACUUGUACCGCUCUGUGACCUAUAA